AUGGCGCAAGACCAAUUGGCGCUGCGCGACCGCGGCGCACCGCUUGUGCCCUCGUCCGAGCUCGACGACGCUCCCCACAAUCACGAUGCAGACGACGAGCUGCCAGAGGCCUACUGCGGCGGCUGCGGCAGACUCAUCGACGAGGAGAGCGUAGAGGAAGGCGUCAUCCAGUUCGCCACAAAGCUAUGGCACAUCGAAUGCUUCCGCUGCGCAAAGUGCAAGAACAGAGUCAGUACAGAGCGCGACGACAUCCUCCUCCUCUCCGACGGUCAUCCCAUCUGCGGCGAAUGCAACUACUCGUGCAACAUCUGCAACCAGCCCAUCAUGGAGGAGGCCAUCAUGACUGGCGACGAAUCCUACCACGCCUCGUGCUUCACCUGCCGUUCCUGCCACUCCAAGAUCGAGGAACUCGUCUUUGCAAAGACCAGCCAGGGCAUCUACUGCAUGAAGUGCCACAACGAGCGCGUCGCACGCAGCCGCAAACAUGCCGAACACAAGCGUGCAAAGGCUCGUCGCGAAAAGCAGCUCCAAGACGCUCAAAACGCAGAGGCAAAGCAGCAAGCCCUCUCCAACACCAAGGCCGCCAACAACGCUCCAUCUCCCUCCUCUCCGCCCGACCAACAGCCGCCAUCCCUCCCGUCCAAGACUCCGGCCGCCGCCUCCACCACCCCUAGUGCUUCAGCUCUCCCCUCGCCCUCGCCCAACGCCGCCAGCCUCUCCCCGUGGAUCCACCAGGGCGGCUCGGCCGCCUCCGCAGCCGCCUCGCGUCCCGGCAGUGCCGGCGGCAAGCGUCCCAUGCAUGCUCCUCCACCUCCCAACCGCGACGCCCGCAGCCCAGCUCUCGGCUCCCUCGCCAAGCUCGAGGGCCGCUCCCUCUCGGCCAACAACGCCUCCAACACCUCGUUGGCUUCCUUGGCCACAGAUGACGCCUCCAACCCCUACGAGACGACUGCACCGCUCUCGCCACGCAAAAACGCCUUCCACGCCACCAUAAGCUCCCCACAAGGCUCGCCCGCUGCCAACAAAUCGCGCCUCCCACCAUUUACAGACGCACCCUACUCUUCUUCCAGCCCAACCACAUCGCCGCUCAAAAAGUCGCUACCGCUCCAAGCCUCUCCUCGCACCUCUUCCCGCCCCCUUCAGCCCCCGGCCGACCGCGACGCCCUCGGCGUCAGCCUGCGCUCCACCACAACCGCAUCCACCUCACCGCGCAAUCCGCUCCAAGCAUCCGCAUCCUCCUCCCGUCUCUCCAAGGUCUACUCAUUCUACGACCCAGACUUUCUCAACCUCGUCGAGUCCUUUGGCGACUUUGACUCCAACGACGAGCUUCGCGCACAACCGCCGCCCGUGCCAGAGCUGCCGGCCUCGCUCCCGUCCGCAUCCGCCGUCACGGAGCCCGUCAACACCAAAGCGGCGCACGACCAAACAACCACCGCACCUCUGGGCACAUUGCUGGAUGAGCACGACCAGAACAACGGCGCAGACAGUCCAGACAGCGACCAAGAGCUCCUCGACGAGGACCGCCCACGCACCCAGACUCCCACAGGCUCGCUCAACGAAGUCUCCAACAAGGUGCGCGCAUCCAUGCAGCAGGCUCGCGAUGGCCUCGUCAGCAUGGACAUCUCCUUUGUCGAAACCAUCCUCCGCGAUCUCGAAGACACAAGACAACGCAUGGAGUCGCUUCAGACGCGCUACGACCGCAUCCGCAGGGCGAGCCAGCAGGCCGCCCACGGAUUCUCCAUGGCCAAGGAGGAGUUCGAGCACGAGGUCAAUGCCAGGCACGAGGCCGAGCUCGAGAUGGCGCGUCUGCGUAGGCAACUCGCAGAGCAGGCGCUCAAACUCGCCACAGCCAACAGCGAGAAGCGUCAGCAGGAGCAGCUCGAGCGACGCUCCCAAGAUGUCAAGGCCUCGCUCAAAGGCAUGGAACGCGAUCUGGCAAAGUUGACCGUCGAGCGCGACCUCACCGUCGCCGAGGUCGCUGAGCUCAUGGCGCUGCAGGACGGCGCCGCGGGCCCGUCUUCGGUGCUCUCGUCGCCAAACAUGGCUCGCUCUUCCACCAGCACCUCGGAUGCCGUCAUCACGCAGAACUUGGCCACGCGCCUCGAGUCGGUCAAGAAUCGCUAUCGCAAGGAGAUCGACGAGCUCACCAUGGAGCGCGACUCGCUGCUCAUCGAGAUCGAGGAGCUCAAACAGUCCAAGGAGCUCUUCCUCGAGGAGGCGCAGAGCCUCAACGCCAAGAACGAAGAGCUCAACACCGUGCUCGGCCAGCUCAAUCGCAAGAUCGAGCUCGCGGCCCAGUCGCGCGACCAGCUCCCACCUCUGCCUACGAUACCCCGGGACCUUGCCUCGUCGGCCACCAAGAGCUCGGGCGGUUUCAGCUUUGGCUCGCGCCACAAGCAGCUGCACAAGCACACGGCUCACAACGCCUCCAUCUCCUCGGACGCGCCGCCCAGCAGCGCCGGCUACGACGUCUCGGUCGACACGGCCGUGCAGCAGGUCAUCCAGCCGGGCAAGAUCGAGCCGGCGCCCGUGGUGAAAAAGUUCAAGUGGAUGAAGCCAAAGCUCUCGGAAACUACACGCAACAACGUUCCGCCAGCGGGGCAGGUGCCGCCAGUGCCGCCCAAAGGCGGUGCCGGUCUGGCCGCGCCGAGUGCGAGUGGAUCGACGACUUCGAUGACGCGCGCCACCUCGCACGACGUCGUGGUGCGCGAGCAUCUCUUCCAGCCGUUCAACGUGCUUCGCCCCACGCGCUGCUUUGCGUGUCAGAAAAACAUGUGGGGCCAGUCCGAGAUGCGCUGUGCGCUCUGCACCCAGGUCUGCCACUCUCGGUGUCUGCAGAGCCUGCCGGUCUCGUGCAACCAGCCGUACACAAGACCGGACGAGAGCGUGGGCGACAACGCGGGUCCGUCCAUGUUUGGACGAUCGCUCGUGGAGCAGGCGGCGCACGAGGGCCGCGAUGUGCCGCUCAUCGUCGAAAAGUGCAUCCAGGCCGUCGAGGCGUUUGGCAUGGACUACGAGGGCAUCUACCGCAAGUCUGGUGGCACUUCGCAGCUCAAGGUGAUCACCCAGCUGUUUGAGCGCGGCAAUGCCUUUGACCUCGAGGAUACGGAUCGGUUCAACGACGUCUCGGCCAUCACCAGUGUGCUCAAGAACUACUUCCGCGAGCUACCGACGCCGCUGCUCACCUUUGAGCUGUACGACGAGCUGAUCCGGCUGGUCGAGUCCAAGCAGGGCGACGCGGGUGCCAAGCAGGAGAAGAUGAAGGAGCUCGUCACCAGGUUGCCGCGACAGCACUUUUGCACGCUCCAGCAUCUCGUCCUGCAUCUGUACCGCGUUCAGGAGCGCAGUGUGGACAAUCGCAUGAACGCGCGCAAUCUGGGCGUCGUGUUUGGCCCCACGCUCAUGCGCUCCGCCGACCCGUCGCAGGAAUUCGCCCACAUGGGCGGCAAAGCCAUGACCAUCGAGUUCUUUAUCGACCACGCUCCCGACCUCUUUACAUGA